CGUUAAAAGGAACGUACCGGAAUGCACAACGUGGUGAACGAAUCGGCAGCCGCCAACGCAGGAUCCCUGCCGGAGUUCCGCAAAUCGUUCGAGACGGUUCGCAAGGCUUCGUACUUGGUUGGCGUUGCUCUGUUCACCCGUGAGUCGGACCUGAACGUGCGCUUCUUCGGAACUUCGACCAUAAUUGCGUUAGUCUACGUCUGUUGCCUGUACUCGGGCUGGUUUUUGCGAUCGGAUUGGAAUCGGCUGCUGGAGAUGUCUGUUUGUCUCUUGCUGAACUUACAAGGCACUAGCAAGCUGUGGACUGGAUUCGUACAUAAAUUGCGCUACUGCAAACUGUUUCAAACUACAGAGCGAAUUUAUGAAAGCUUCGAUGACGAUGAAAGGAACAGGCCCAUCCUCAGGGAUGUUGUGUCUAAGAUGAAUCUUUUUAUUAGGUGGAUUGUAAUUGUGUAUGUGAGUUGUGGAGUUAUUAUCGUGACUCUAGUUGUUCUGUACAUAUCACUUACUGGACAAAAAUUUCUUGUCCUCACAAUCUUCGUUCCAUAUGUGGAUCAUACAACUUUGGUUGGAUACGUUACACAUAGCUUUCUUCAUCUGUCAAUGAUUGUCUUUUGUGUUAUUGGAUACCUCGCAUCUGAUACUGCAUUUAUUGUCACCGUGGUUCCAAUCAUAGCCUACGGAAAUUGUCUACAAAACGAAAUAAGAAACCUCAAUUUGAUGCUACAAAUGCCCCAGAGAAACGAAAAGUUGAUCACUGAAAAACUUUUACGGAUCUGCAAACUGCAUCAGAUGAUAGUCGAGUUCGAGGAAGAUGCUGUUGAACACUUCAAGUACGGUUGCGCGGUACAAAUUCUUUUCCAAGCUGGCACUCUUCUGGUCACUAUCUUUUUGAGCUACAUCUGUGGUUACAUCCAAGCUGCUAGUAUUUUUAUGGCUUUGUUUUUUCAACUGACUCAAUACUGUGCGCUGGGAACAAUCGUGACCGCAAAGAAUGAUCAAAUGACGAUCGACAUCUACGGAAUCGAGUGGUAUCGGCUCGGCAAUACACAGCAGCAAAUUGUGGUGUUCAUGCUUCAUCGAGCUCAAACCGCAAAAGAUUUAUCCGUUGGAGGAAUAGCACCACUUAAUGUGGAGACAUAUGUGAAGAUCAUGAAAACAACCUAUUCUUUUCUUGCCUUGUUGAUAACAUUAUUUAAAUAAAAGGAAA